AUGAGUGUUCUCUUGCUUCUGUUACUCAUGUUGGUAAAUAAUGUGCGCGCUAUCGUGACGCCAGAUGCAGUGAUUGAUUCUACACCAGCCUCAAGUGAUGAAAGUAUUGUUUAUUCAGAGGAGUCAACGGUCUCAGAUGUGGAAUUGAAGCAAAAUGAUUUGGUAACGGGCGAUAAUGUCGACAAUGAUGCCUUUUCAAAUGUGGAACAUAUUAAAGAGUCGGAGGAUCCUAUUACAGACGCAGAGUUAGUAGACGACGAUGUGGAUCCACUGCUAGACGUACCUAGUGGUUUGUUUGAAGUUGUUGAUGUUGAUAGCGUAGACAAUCGCAAGCGUCAAAAUUACGCUUCACUGGACGCUGGUGCCACAGUUUUGGAUGCUGCACCGGAUACAAAAAGCCCUACAAAUCUUUUAGUGCCGGAUAAAGAUCGCUACAUGCUCAUACCGUGUUCAAAAGCUCGAAAAUGGGUCGUUAUUAGCCUCUCCGAGGACGUUCAUGCAGAUGCUAUUGCAAUUGCUAAUUACGAAAAAUUUUCAUCUCCCGUGAAGGAGUUUAUUGUACUGGGUAGCGUCAAUUAUCCUACCGACACAUGGCUCGUGUUGGGCAAUUUUACAGCUUCAGACACAAACGGUGAGCAGAUUUUUCAACUGGACGCACAACAACACGUGCGGUAUAUCAAGUUUCGCUUCUUAUCACAUUAUGGAUCUGAAUAUUACUGCACGCUAAGUCAACUGCGAGUUUUUGGGCGGACAUUUACGCAAGUCAUCUCUCAGUUGGAAAAGAGCAUUGAUGCAGAAGUGGAAGCUUUAGAUGCGCAGACUGCUGCUUCGACGCCACAACUACCGACUGUGUCCGAAAAUACAGAUAAUGUGAUGCAUCGCAUUUCGGAACCGGCAGACCUUUUAAACCAAUGUUUGAUGGAGAAGAACAACAUUGUCGUCGCGAUCUUUUACAACGCGACUCAACGAAUUAAGCACUAUCACAACAAUGGAAUGUGCUGUCUAGUCGACUAUUCGCCGAAGCAGAUUGAAGCCGAAAUUACUGCUACUUCAAGCAAUACUGACCAAUUGGUUACAGCAAACAUUGAGGCUAUUGCUGCAGAAGUUGGUGAAAGCUCCGCGAAUCAACCAAGCUCGUCGCUCAGUGGUAUUACUACAAAUACGACGAGUAGUCCUGCUGUCAACGGCCCAAGUGCCGAUAUGACAGCAUCAAGCAGUAGUGCAUUCCCAGCAUCUUCUGUGGUACCAACAUCCAUUAAUUUGAUCGGAUCGUCAGCCCAAGGUCUUGGUCGACUGGAAAGCAUCUUUGUGCGAAUUACAAAAAAGAUUCAAGCUCUCGAAGGAAAUCAGACUGUGAUGGCAAGACAAAUCGAAGAAUAUCAUACCCAACAUUGGGCAGCAAUCAAGCAGUUGCAGUUUAAUCAAGAAGCAUUUAGAGGACAGUUUCAAGAACUUAACAUCAUGAUUACAGAUCUGAAAGAAUAUGUGGCAAAAGAACUUUUGACGAGCGAGCAGGCUUUAUCGAGUUUUAAGCGGCUUCUUGAUGAUAAUAAGCGGGACAAUGUUGCACUUUGGAACGAGAUGCUUAUUGUUCGUGAGGUUAUCAUGACGAUGAAAGCUGGCAUUUUGUGCGCAAUCGUCCUAUCGACAUUAAUAAUUUUCUUCUAUCUUUUUCGACUGCUGCUUCGCUGUGUAUUAAAGUGCAAGGAACGUGCCGAUCUUCGGGAAUGGUUUUGGCGAAUGGAAAACCACGAAAGCAGUCCGAUUAGUCGAGGCAAAAAUGCGUUGGCCAAUGCAAUGACUGCAGGAUCUCUGCAUGUGAAUCGGAACGCUCAGUUCGGUUCAUCAUGGGAUGAUUCAGCCAUAGAGCGAAAAACUUUAGUUAGUGACAUGGUAGGUGAGGGUCCGCAUAAAUUUCGUCGACAUCGAGCAAAACGAGCAAGUCGUUCGAAAAAUUAA